CCAUUAAGUAUUUAGUACAGUACUACUCAGAUCACCUUGUUACUCGUGCCACUCACUCAAUCUCUCUCUCUCUCUCUCAGAUAAAGAAAGGGACAGAUCUGGGUUAAGAUCUGUUCAGUCGCUUGAAAUUUUUUGUUUUGGGUCUGAGAAAUGAAGACCAGCACAAAGUUCAUAGUCCUCCACCCUUCAAUCCACAAGCAAGGAGGAACAACCUCUCACCGUACAUGGCUUCUGAUUUUCUUUUUCUUCUUCACUUUUGCUUUUGCUCUGACACUCCUCACCACCAGAGACGCAAUUCCCACCACCAGAACUACCACCUCCGCCACCUCCAAGUCCCCACUUCCCAAGCCCGUCUUCGACGCCCUCCUCCACUACGUUUCCGUCUCCUCCAACUCCAGCGAAGCCUCCGGCAUUUCAUCGGCAGAGCUCAACUCCAUCGCCGCCGUGCUCCGCCGCUGCUCCACCCCAUGUAACUUCCUUAUUUUCGGAUUAACCCACGAGACCCUCCUCUGGAACUCACUCAACCACAACGGACGUACAGUCUUCGUCGACGAAAGCGCAUAUUUAGUGUCAAAGCUCGAAGAAAAACACCCAGAAAUCGAAGCUUACGACGUUCAAUUCACAACCAAAGUGAGUGAUAUGUACGAACUAUUAGAGUACUCCAGAGACCAACUUCGGAAUGAGUGUAAGCCCGUACAGAACCUCUUGUUCUCCGACUGCAAGUUAGCCAUUAAUGACCUACCAAACCACAUCUACGACGUCGCAUGGGAUGUGAUUCUGGUGGAUGGGCCUCGUGGGUAUUUUGCCGGAGCUCCGGGAAGAAUGCCGGCGAUAUUCACCGCCGGCGUACUGGCAAGGAGCAAAAGAGGAGGUGGGGACAAGACCCAUGUGUUUGUUCAUGAGAUUGAGAGAGAGGUGGAGAGAGUGAGCAGUGAUGAGUUCUUGUGCAGAGAGAAUUUAGUGGAGACCAAGCACUUGUUAGGCCAUUUUGUGGUGGAGAAAAUGGAGGCUAAUAGGUUUGAGUUUUGCCCAGAGGGUGAAGAAGAAGAAUCAUCGUCACCAUCUUCAAAAUCAUCACUUUCAGAUGAUUGAUUAUGAUCAUAUUUGUGAUUACAAUUAUUAUACAUGUUACUCCUUUUUCUUUUUGGUGAGGGCUUUUAUUUUGUUUUUUUUUUUUUAGUUUAAAGUU